UCCGGCGCUGCUCCUUCCCCAGAACCUGAAAGGCUAAGCUGGAAAACCACGGAGAGGGCCAGGCCUCCGAGCUGUACACGACGGCCGGAAGUCAGCUGGGAGCGGCGGGCGCGGGCCUCCGAAAUUGGUUUCCGGCAGCGUCGCGCGUUUUCUAGCCUCUGGCUGUCCUAGGGGAGGGUGUCUCAGCCAGGACGUGUGGAUGCCCAACCGAGCCUCAUGGUAGGAAGCCACUGUUUCUUCCUUCACUUGCCCCAUGAAGCCUCCAUCUUCUACUCUGCCUCUGCCUGCCCACUGGCCCUUGGGCCAGACCCUACCUUAACCCUUGCCGUGGCCCUUGACUGGCUCAGGGAGGUCCUUUUUCUCUCCUCUGGAGGGGAGUAAAUAACCCCUGCCCAAAUCAGGGCCUGGCUGAGGCUCUUGAUGGGAGAGGGUUGUACAGUUCCCAGAAACUGGGCCCUCCUUCUCAACCCAAGCUGGCCUUCCCCGGGAUUUUAGAGCCAGAGGAGCCCUGCUGUCAUACUCAGCCCCAUAUUGCACCUGCCUGAGAUAUGCCAUGGGGUGGGAACAGAAUGGGACUGGCACCCAGAGAUCCCUGGGGUGCUGGUGUAUGUCCUUUCAGGAGGUGGUGACGUUUGGCGAUGUGGCUGUGCACUUCUCUCGGGAGGAGUGGCAGUGUCUGGACCCUGGCCAGAGGGCCCUCUACAGGGAGGUGAUGCUGGAGAACCACAGCAGUGUAGCUGGACUAGCAGGAUUCCUGGUCUUCAAGCCUGAGCUGAUCUCCCGGCUGGAACAGGGACAGGAGCCGUGGGUCCUCGACCUGUAUGGAGUGGAAGGGACAGAGGCACCAAGGACCUUUCAGACAGAUACAAUUAGGAUUGACAGUGAACAGACCCAUGAGGACAUGGAGAUUCUAAAAUCAGAAUCUCCUGGGAUAAUGAUCAGAAUCCCUACACAGAAUUUUCCUCAUAGUCCUGGCUUUGGAGAUGUUUCUGAUUCUGAGUUCUGGUCAGAGAAUCAUCCAGACAGUUCUGGGCUCACAGUGAUGGGCUCUGUCUUCCAGAGAAACCAUUUGAAUCAGCAGACCAUGGCCCACAAGACCCUCACCAAGGGCAGUGUCCAGGGAUGUAAGGGGCUGGUGGGCAGUGGCCUGAAUUAUCAGCCUGAAAAAAGUCUGGGAGAGAAUACAGAAGGGGCUUCCCAGACAUGUGAAGUUUGCGGCAAAGGGCUCCAGGCCACUUCAGAUGGAACUGUGCACUGGGGAGUUGGCACACAGAAGAGACCCCACAGGUGCCAGAGACAACUAUCUGAUCACUUGGAGCCAAGACACUGCCAUGGGGAAAAGCCAUAUGAGUGUCUGGAGUGUGGGAAAGUCUUCAGACUAUGCUCACAACUUAAUCAACAUCAGAGAAUCCACACUGGAGAGAAGCCAUUUAAAUGCAUUGAGUGUGGAAAAGCUUUCCGCCUGAGCUCAAAGCUUAUUCAGCAUCAAAGAAUCCAUACUGGAGAGAAGCCGUACAGAUGUGAGGAAUGUGGGAAGGCCUUUGGUCAGAGCUCAAGCCUCAUCCACCAUCAGAGAAUCCACACAGGGGAGAGGCCUUAUGGCUGUCAUGAGUGUGGAAAAGCCUUCAGUCAGCAAUCACAGCUGAUCAGACACCAGAGAACUCACACUGGAGAGAGGCCAUACUCCUGUACAGAGUGUGGGAAAGCUUUCAGCCAGAGCUCAACUCUAGCUCAGCAUCAGAGGAUGCACAAUGGGGAGAAAUCUGAAAUCCCAAGAGCCUCAGAUAGCUCAAGUCUUGUUGCACAUCCGAGAAUUCAUGCUGUAGAGAAGCCCUUUAAGUGUAAUGAGUGUGGGAAAGCUUUUAGGUGGAUCUCUCGGCUUAGUCAGCAUCAGCUGACUCAUACUGGAGAGAAGCCUUAUAAAUGCAACAAGUGUACAAAAGCCUUUGGGUGUAGCUCUCGGCUUAUUCGCCAUCAGAGAACUCACACUGGAGAGAAACCAUUUAAAUGUGAUGAGUGUGGAAAAGGUUUUGUCCAGGGUUCACACCUUAUUCAGCAUCAGCGAAUCCACACUGGAGAGAAGCCCUACGUGUGUAACGACUGUGGCAAAGCCUUCAGCCAGAGCUCCAGCCUUAUUUACCAUCAGAGAAUUCAUAAAGGAGAGAAACCCUACGAAUGCCUCCAGUGUGGAAAAGCCUUCAGCAUGAGCACACAGCUUACAAUACACCAAAGGGUGCAUACUGGAGAGAGGCCUUAUAAAUGUAACGAAUGUGGGAAAGCCUUCAGCCAAAAUUCUACCCUUUUCCAGCACCAGAUAAUUCAUGCAGGGGUGAAGCCCUAUGAGUGUAGUGAAUGUGGAAAGGCCUUCAGUCGGAGCUCAUAUCUUAUUGAACACCAGCGUAUACACACUAGAGCCCAGUGGUAUUAUGAAUAUGGAAAUACUCUGGAAGGUUCUACCUUUGUUAGCCGGAAGAAAGUUCAUACUAUAAAGAAACUGCAUCAGUGUAAUGACUGUGAAAAAAUAUUUAGGUGGCGCUCACAUCUGAUCAUACAUCAGAGAAUUCACACUGGAGAGAAGCCUUAUAAAUGUGAUGAAUGUGGCAAAGCUUUCAAUCGGAGCUCAAGGCUUACUCAGCAUCAGAAAACCCACAUGGGAUAGACCAUUUACUUAUACAAAUGUGAAUAAACCUAUAGCCUUAACUUA